CUUUCCACUCAGUCCAGUUUUAGCUUUACUCCGUGUCGCUACUCGAUCUCCCCACCUUCCUUUAGUUAACUCACAUUUCGAGUCUGCAAUCAAAUAUCAAACAUGAAGUUCUAUUUGUUGUUAAUUGCGUCCGUGUGUUUUUUGACCUACAUCAGCUGUGGUCUAGCCAUGACUCAAAGCAAACGCAACGUUCCACUCGCUAAAUUCGCAGAUGGCUGCAUCCAGUGCAACUCGAAGACCGAGAUCCGCUGCGCCACCGAUCCGCUGAGCCUAUUCACCAAGAACUGCUCGGAGUCCACCAGCGGAUCCGAGUGCUACGUGCGUGUCCUUGAUGGCAUCACCAUCCGCGGCUGUGCCAAAGAUCUGACCAACGCCACCAAGGCCUCCUGCAACAACGAGCUGGAGUGCCAGAUCUGCACCUACACGGAGGGCUGCAACCGUCAGAUGUUCCCCUCAUCGCGCGCCCAGUGCCUCCAGUGCUCGGGCAACUCCACCUCCUCGACCUGUGCCAGCCAGGUGUACGACCACGCCUCCAUCUGUCCCAUCUAUAAGCUGGGCGACCUCUGCUACAUUCGCAACAGCAACCGCACCGUGGACGGCUCCUUCCAGCGUGGCUGCCUCAGCACUGCCCAGGCCAACAAGCAGUGCAUCAAGGAUGGCAACUGCUUCACGUGCACAGGGCGUGGCUGCAACUUCCUGCAGGCCAACGACACCCUGAUUCCCCUGGCCCGCGACUCCAGUGCCCAGCUGAUGCUGUCGAUGUCUCUGCUCCUCGUCGGCCUUCUGGCUGCCUGGAUGCUGUAGGAGCCCCCACCCUCUUGUUUGGGGACAUUUGUCCGUGAGAGCACUGAAAGACAUAUUUUUCCUGCAGCAUUUUAUUCUAUUAGAUAUGAAUUUUUUUUUGUAACUGUAUAAAAAUCACACUCCGGCUUUUGGCUGUUUGCUUUGAACCACACCACACGAAAAUUGAGAGAGGAAAGAAAAAUAAAGAUGAAAAUUUAAUGGAAAA